CCAAUCACACAGAGUUGCUGACGAUCCCCAAGUUCCCGGUGGUGGUCAAGAUGGGGCACGCUCAUGCCGGCAUGGGAAAGGUGAAGGUUGAAAACCAUUACGACUUCCAGGACAUUGCCAGCGUGGUGGCUCUCGCCAAAACAUACGCAACCACCGAACCCUUCAUUGACUCCAAGUACGACAUCAGAAUCCAGAAGAUCGGAAGCAAUUACAAAGCUUACAUGAGGACUUCAAUUUCAGGAAACUGGAAGGCAAACACUGGCUCGGCAAUGCUGGAGCAGGUGGCCAUGACGGAACGCUACCGGACGUGGGUGGAUGCCUGUGCGGAGAUGUUCGGCGGCCUGGACAUCUGCGCGGUGAAGGCGGUCCACGGCAAAGACGGCAAGGAUUACAUCAUUGAGGUGAUGGACAGCGCCAUGCCUCUCAUUGGGGAAUACAUUGAGGAGGAUAGACAACUGAUAGCGGAGUUGGUCAUUGGGAAAAUGAACCAGGUCCUCUCUGUGAACGCUGACGUAUCUCAGCAACAAGCCGGGAUGACACUGAACAAGGUCCAGCCUCCAUCAUCAAAAACCCCGACUCAAACAGGGACCAAUGCCCAGUGGGGCCAGACAACACAAGCUCGUCCUGUACCUCAAGGGAGCUCUCGGCAGCAGCCGAGUCCACAAAUGCAGCGAUCCAACACGGCACCCCAGAGGAGGUCCUCACCGCCAGGGCAGCAGAGCCAGGCUCCGCUCACGGCCCCCGGGCAGCAGGACAAGUCGCCAGGCUCGGGCUCAGCUUCUCCCAAGCAGAUCAAGUCAGCCGGCGCAUCACCCAACCAGGCACCCAAGCCAGGAGGAGCCUUCUCUGGCCUGCAGGGCAAGCUCCCCACCCUGCCCGGGGCACUGCAGCCACAUAGCACACCAUCGCAGCCCCAGCUCAACAAAUCACAAUCUUUGACGAACAGCUUCAGCGUUUCCGAGCCCGCCCAGCACGCCGUCUCCAACGAAGACGAGGCGAAAGCAGAGACAAUCCGAAACCUGAGGAAAUCCUUCGCCAGCCUCUUCUCCGAUUAACUCUUCGCCACGACGUUUCAAUUUCCCAGUCGGCGGAAGGGGAUGCGUGGAGUUGCGGCCGGCUGCCAAAACCGUAGCGCGGGUUUAACGGGAAUGUGGAGGUGGGGAGAGGCGGGAGGAGUGGGAAUGCUAACGGCCUUGCACGGAUGGCAAGGGGCUGUGUGCUUUGAGGGAUAGUUUCCCCAGCUGGGGAGGGGGACAGAGAUGCUGGCAAGUUGGGGUGCGUGCAGGUGUAACUGUGUGUGUGGUGUGAAUAAUGUGCACUUUAUCUCCCGCUGCAGAUGUUGAAUGUCAAACGGAAUGCUGUCACCAACCAGAGAAUCACUAUUUAUUUGGGUUUUUUAAGAAAAGUUUCGUUUAGUUUAUCAACACGUGUACCGAGGUACAGCGAAAAGCUUUUGUUGAACGCAGAAUGUAUGCAAGAAUGCGUACAAGAAAGCGAAAUGUAUACAAGACUGCCUGACAAUGAGUUCCUUUGGGAUAGUGGCCGCCCGUCCACUUAAAUCACUGCCUUCCCCUCAAACAUUUUAAUCCCAUGCAGAAUUUGAAAUCUCCUCUUGAAGCACGAAUCUUAUUUCUCUCCAGAAUUAGGUCAUAUUCAGGUUCCAGAUCAUUUAUUUCACUGCUUACGUUGCUUGGUAACUUUGCUCCGCGUACAAUAGAUUUGAAGUGGUAAUCGGUCAACAAGUCUAGUUUGUCGAGUCUUGGGAGAGAGAUACUGCUCGGAAACAGGCCCUUUGGCCCAUCGAGUCCAUCCCGAUCCACAACACCCAUUUACACCA